AUGCUCACAGCAGUAACAAAUGCAACGGGAAAUUCGGCUGGUGCUAAACUGAGGUGUUUGUACACGAAUGCCCAAAGCCUCAUAUCGAAACUAGACGAACUAAUACUUUGCCUUGAUGAGCUGUUUCCAGAUGUUUUAGCAGUAACUGAGACCUGGCUGUGCGGGAAUAUUAGCGAUAACGAAGUAGCCUUGCCUGGAUACCAAAUUUAUCGGAGGGACAGGGAACAUCGUCAGGGUGGUGGUAUCGUUGUGUAUGUGAAUGACGGUCUGGCAGUGUCGGAUAACACCACCAAGUUUGUGUGCAGUACGGAAGCUAUCUGGUUGGCCAUCAAGGCUACCGGUUCCCCGUGUCUCGAUGUCCUCACUGUCUACCGACCACCUAGGACAGACCGAAUCGCCGACACUCAACUAUUGGAGCAGUUGGAGAAAUUUUCCAGUCGACCUAACACCAUGAUCAUGGGCGACUUCAACGCACCAGGAACAAACUGGAAUAACCUCCAAGCGUCAGGUCCAAAAUCGGCAUUCGAUUACCGCCUGUUGAGCAAGACAUUAAAUGCGUGCCUCACACAACAUGUCAUGUUCCCAACGAGAACACGUGAAGGACAAAGGGCAAACUGCCUGGAUCUGGUCUUUACGAAAACACCAGACAGCAUAGACGAGAUCGCCUCCAUGCCGCCCCUUGGCCGAAGUGACUAUGUAGUGCUUAUGUGGGAUUAUUCGUUAUUCUCCAUUUCACAUACUCCAGACCACAAAAGGCGUAAUGUUUGGCGGGGCGACUUCAAUCAGAUGAGGGCAGACUUAUCCGGUCUUGACUGGGGCUCUUCGUUUACGGGAAGUGCCAACGAUGACUGGGAGCUGUUCAAGAAUGUCCUUCUGCAGCUCAUCAACAACCACUGCCCACUGACUAGUGUAAGACUGAACAAACGCCAUGGGUGGCUUAAUAGCAACCUCAAGAAAGAAAUCAACAGGAAGCACAAAUUGUGGAGAAAAUACUGCGUCACUAGACAAGCUGAAUGCAUCAACACCUACAAGACACAGAGGAACAAACUGAGGAAGCUGAUAAUGCAGACGCGGCGGGAAUUCGAGAAGAACUUGCUACAAAAAGCAACGCAGAACCCAAAAUUGCUCUACAGCUACCUCCGACGAACUACAAGGAACAGGCAUCAAAGCCCCUUGAUAAAGACUAGUGAUGGCGUUGAGAUCGCUGAUAGUAGGGAUAAAGCUGCGUAUUUUUCACGGUUUUUCCAAUCAGUCUACACAAACGAGGCAAGGUUCCUUCCUCCCUCCGCAGAAGAACUGCCGACUCCAAGCGUCAGUGAUAUACUCUUCUCAGAAGGCAUUGUCCGAAGAGAAUUAGAGGCAUUGAACGAAUCGAGGUCGCCAGGAUCAGACGAGAUUCCAUCCAAGCUUCUGAAGGAACUUGCCAGUGAGCUCUCUGUGCCUUUGUCGAUGCUCUUUCAAACGUCAUUUGACACUGGAACACUUCCUAUCGAUUGGAAGCUGGCGCAUAUUACUCCGCUACACGUAGGAGGUAACAGGGCAGCGACGACAAAUUACCGGCCCAUAAGCUUGACAUGCAUUCUCUGCAAAGUUAUGGAAAGGAUCAUAAAGACUGAACUGAUGCAUUUCCUGGAAGUUCACGGCCUGCUAUCGAAAUGCCAACAUGGGUUCCGAAAAGGAAGAUCCCGCACGACAAACCUGCUGCAAUCUCUCCAGAGCUGGACCCGAGCUCUCGACGACAGGCACGCGGUCCACAUAGCCUUCAUCGACUUCCAGAAGGCUUUCGACACUGUGCCACACCAAAGGCUCUUAUAUAAGCUGAAAAAAAUAGGGAUCGGUGACAACUUCCUUAAAUGGAUCGAAAACUUCCUUGUGGGUCGACAGCAGGUUGUGUGCCUCGGUCGGGGAAAAUCACAUCCGGCUAUGGUCGAUAGUGGUGUCCCCCAGGGUUCAGUACUGGGACCCAUUUUGUUCCUUAUCUACGUGGACGAUGCCGCAAGAGAUUUAGACCGUGAAGUAGCAAUGUUUGCGGAUGACAUGAAGAUAUGGAGUGUAAUUCGGGGUCCUGCCGAUGAAGACAGACUGCAGAUGAACCUGAAUCGGUUGGAGGAGUGGUCAAACCGUUGGCUCCUGCGGUUCAACGUUGCCAAAUGUAGCAUACUUCGCCUAGGCAACACAGCCAGAUCCGCCAGCACAAGAGGCUACUUUCUGGGCGGUGCAGCCCUACAAGAGGUCGAAGCCCAAAAGGACCUCGGUGCGCUGACGACGAGUUCCCUAAAACCAUCCGCCCACUGUUCGAGGGUGGCAAAAACCGCAAUGUCCGUACUGUACGCCAUCAAGCGUGCGUUUAUGGACUUUGACGAAGAAGCUUUCUCUAAGACAUUCGGAACAUUCGUCCGGCCGCAUUUAGAGUACGGCAUACAAGCUUGGAGGCCGUGGGCUGUUGUGGAUCAAACUGCCUCGAAAGAGUCCAGAGGAGAGCCACGAAGAUGGUUAGGGGUCAAAGCUCCUUUCCUUAUGCAACCCACCUAGUAAAUCUGAACCUCUUUCCUUUGAGUUACAGGCAACUUCGCGGAGAUCUCUUGCAAGCCUUCCGCAUUGUAAAGGGGUUGGAUUUCAGUCUGGCCUUCGAGGACUUUUUUGAAUUUGCUACCACGACCAACCUCCGAGGUCACCCGUCAAAACUGCGCACUCAGCAGGCACGGCUGGAUGUGCGGAAGUUCUCCUUCGCGGUUCGGGUGGUCAAACCAUGGAAUGAGCUUCCCGCAGAUGUUGUGAUGUCGCCGUCUAUACAAAUUUUUAAGAAGAAUCUGGACAUAUUUAUGUUCCGAAAUGACCAAGAGCGAUGAGAAGUCGAGCUCACCCCCUGUAACUCCUUCUCAUUUUGUCCCACCAUUAUGGGCGUGUUCGAACUAUUUCAGCCCAGAACAUCUAUCUGUACACCACACAUUUUUUACGUUGCAAAUAGGGUACUCAAAGGCUUACGCCUAUUUCCCUCAAUAAACUGAACUGAACUGAACUGGUCGGCAGAUUAAUCUGUCUGAACUUGACCACUGCAAUGACUUUAUGAUAAAGUCUGGCCCUUUGCUGACAAUUCUUGGACAUUUAUUCGACGGGAACAUCUCCGAUAUUCCCUCUGAAGAAUGUAGGCGUCUCGACUCACUUGUUCACCUGAUCGCCAGUGAAUCUAGUGAUAGACAGAAGCGUUCUUACAACUUCCUGCUAAAAAAUGUUCCUCGAUCUGCUCGACCAAUUGAUGUUGCGACCAAUUUCCUGUAUUCAUGUGGUUUCAACUACAAAAUAGCCGAUGCCAAACGCUUGUCCUCCCGUAGCAAAAUCCACCCAUCUUAGUCAAAUUGUUUUCAUCAAUCGAGGUUGACACAAUCUUUACCCAUCGAGAGCGUGUCACUGCGUACCUAGAGAAGGCAAAAUUUUUCAUUUGUCAUGAUCUUACUCCUAUGGAGCGCAGAAUCGGGUCUUUAUUCUCACGUAAACCCACUGCUUCUCAGUCUAAUGCUCCACAACUCGGUCAUAAUACAAGUGGCCGUAAGGAUUCAGCUUGUCCUACUCCUGCGACAUCUGACUCCCUCCUUCCUCUUUCUCCUACAUCUCCAUCUCACUCAAGCCACUUGACGCAUUUGCCUGCCCCUAAACUAGCUGCAGCAGCAGCCUCAUUUGUCGUUUCGUAUCCUCCGGAUAGUCCCGCUGAGACACAUGAAAAUCCGUCUACAUCAGCUAGACCGAUAACUUCUAUUGUCCAACUGGGUGCUGUAAGGUCUACAGUUAAGUCACCCGUGGCUUGGCGUCAGAGCGGUGAGACUCGAAAAUUGAAUCAGACUCCGACCCAAAAGAUAGGUAGUACAGUUUCAUUUAGGGGUAUGACGCCUUCUCCUAGAUCUAACAAGUCUGUUCAGCCCAGCACGUCUUCAUACCACGCAGCUGCAAUUAUAUCUCCGAAUAAUUCUCUGUCCUGCGUACCGGUUACUUAUCAAAGCCCUACUAUAUAUCCAGCAAAUAAUUCAUACAUGAAUUGCUCUAAGUCAUUUAUGCCCCAACCCAGUUCAGGCUUCCCAUCACUUAAGGCCAAUCGCUCUCAGGUACGUCAACCUACCUCCUUUGACUUCCAACCUAGAUCUGGUUUCCCACUCUUUCAUUUUUAUAGCGGCCUACCCUCACCCACUAGCCCCUACUUUCCUUCUAGGCUCCCUCCUCCUCCCCGUUCUCCACUACUUAACUACCAACAAGUCUAUCCAUGUUCUAACUCCCCUAGCAUUCCAAUGCUUGAAAACUAUAUCCCCACAUCCUUUAGGUCUCAUAUUCAGCCUUCUCUUGCUGACUCCCCGUACGUCAAUAACUCUACACUAACUGGCACUUAUUCUCCAAGUGUCAUCAAUUCACAGCUUACAUAUCCGCCUCCAAAUUUUUUUAAAUACCGUCGAAAAUAGCAUUGCCGUUCGAAACACAUUAGAUAUUAUAUUAUUGAAUGCCAGGUCAGUUAUAAACAAGAUGGCCCAAAUCAGAGCCAUUGCUCUGGAAAUGACGCCUGAUAUUAUAUGUGUAACAGAAUCUUGGACCCAUUCUCUAAUUCCUGACUCUGCCCUUCUCAUAGAUGACUUCGAUUUUUACCGCCAAGACCGCACGACUAAGCGUGGGGGUGGUUGUCUUCUUUAUCUUAAAUCCUACCUAAAGCACUCUCCGUAUUACUUGGCUGUUUCCUCAUUCACGGGAAACUUUUGCUUUGCAUCUGUUAUUCUCUCGCCGCAAAGAAAGGCAAUUAUUGGCUGCAUCUACAAUCCCCCAAAUUCUUUAGCCAGUGAUGCUUCACAACUCUGUAGAAUCUUUAAAUUAAUUUUGAAUGCUGCCUUCGAUGUUAAAAUAAUCACUGGGGAUUUUAACCUUCCUGAAAUAGACUGGGUUUCCAAUAGCUGCCCACCCAGAUUCCAGCCCUUUCAAGAUAUUGUCAAUUUUUCUAAUUGGUCCCAACUGGUGCGCUCUCCAACAAGAGAUAAUCACAUUUUAGAUCUAAUCUUUACCAAUGACAUUGCUCCUCUUUCUGUUGCUUUAAAAAAGGACCUCUUUGACAGUGACCACGUAUUAAUUCAUUGUUGCUUACCGCUUGCCUUUUCCAAAAAGACAAACGUCCUUCGGACUUACAUGAACUAUGACUGCGUAGAUAACGACUUAAUAAAUAACUAUAUUAGAUCUUUGGAUUGGUGUGGCUUCCUCUCCUGUAGCGAUGCAACCAUUCUUCGUGAUGUCAUGUCCAAUGUUUCCAAGGACAUUCUAGAGUUUGUGCCGCGUAGAUAUCUCAAGCCUAAUUCUUCAGAUUCCCCUGUUCCUCAUUUUCUUCAGAACAGACUAAAAAGUUGAGGUGACAGCUGCGUGACCCAUCCACUAGUUCCUUAUCAGUUCAUCUUAGAAUCACAGAGAUAUUUGAGAUGGCCUCAAGGGUGCGCCAAGCGCGCGACAGGCAAAGAGAAUCAAUUGCUCUCAGUGGUCCGAACCCUGGCAAAUCCGUUGCUAACAUCUUCCGUCAUCGGUCCUCCUCUAGGCGUGGUCAUGAACUUCCACCCAUGUUAAAUGAUAACAAAGUCUUCCUCACCGAUGACACUGACAAAGCGGAGUUGUUUAGUGCUUUCUUUGCAAAACACCUUGCUACCGAGUCCGAUCCGGUCCCUUUCUUUCGAUCACUUUCAGAUAGGACACUUAGUACAAUUGAUGUCUCCUCAGAUCUCAUUAAGAAACACAUAAGCCGUUUGAAAUACUCACACUGCUCAGGAACGGACGGGAUUCCGAAUACGAUUAUUAAACAAGCGUCCGAUCUUCUCAUAUUGCUUAGUCAUUUAUUCUCUGUUUAUAUUUCAAAAGGAUUCUUUCCUGAAACAUGGAAAACGUCAAUUAUCAUUCCCGUCUUCAAGUCAGGAUCUCGGUCCAAUGUCAAUAACUAUCGGGGCGUGCACAAAACGCCGUCUCUAGCAAGACUUCUUGAAAGGAUUAUUUUCAAUGAGAUUCUUGAGUCCUCUGUAGUUAAUCGGCUUCUGAACUCUAGUCAGCAUGGAUUUUUACCUGAACGAUCCUGCGAAACAUGCCACUUGGCUUUUCUUAAUCUAAUCACUUCUCUUCGUAAUGAGCGGCAAUCACUGGUAGUUAUUUACUUUGAUCUUAGCAAAGCCUUUGACAAGGUGCCCCAUAGACGUCUUUUAGUAAAAUUGGAAGCUCUCGGCAUCCGGCCGCCUCUACUCGACUUCAUCAGGUCCUAUCUGUCCAAUCGAUAUCAGAAAGUCAUGGUCGGUAAUACCUACUCGACACCCCACUCGAUCACGAGUGGCGUACUUCAAGGCACGGUCCUGGGUCCGCUACUCUUCCUUCUGUACAUCAAUGAUAUUUCGACUGAACUCGGAAAUUCGCAAACUUUUACUUAUGCCGAUGACCUCAAGUGUGUUUACUCAUACUCUAAGGACACCACAAACGUUUGUGUUGAAAACAUUAAUGCCGAUUUACUACGUUUAAGCAGAUGGGGUUCGACAUGGCAGAUGGAGUUUUCAUCAUGCAAGUGUAGUUUCAUGUCUUUUGGUCCUACCAAACUUCCUGGUCCCAUAAUUUUUCAGAAUAACCCACUCUCAGAAUGCCUCACCUUAAAGGACCUAGGUCUAAGUUAUACAAAUAAACUUGCUUUAUCACCUCGUGCAGAUAGAAUCUCUGCCAAAGCCGCGCAGAUAUGUGGAUUCAUAUCGCAUAAUUUUUUCCUUCCGGAAAUGAAGCUAAGACUUUAUCAAAUGUUUGUUCUUCCAGUCCUCGAAUAUUGCUGUCCGUUCUUCGGUUUAAUGAACGCGUGCGACCGUAAUAAAAUCGAAAAUGUUCAGAGGGUUUUCACCUGGAAACUGUUCUCUCAAUCUUCGUCCAGUAUUUCCUAUACUCAGAGAUGACAGCUGGCGAACAUUAAGUUUUUGUGGGUUAGAAGACUCGAAGCUGGCCUUUGCUUCCCUUUUUCGCAUCAACUCUAGCUCUAGUCUUCCGCUCAUCGACACUCAAACUCCGAGAGAUCGGUCUUAUGCCACGCGCAACUCCUGCAUGGUGAUUCCGCCGCCUCUUUGUACUACAUCUAAGCGCUCCCUCUUCUUUGCUUCCAAAUAUGCCUUCCUUUGGUAUAAUCUUCCGCCUGAAAUUAGAUUAUCGCCUAAGUUACUGGUAUUCAAGUCGAAAUUACGCAAACAUCUUACACCGGAAAGCAUAAAGGCACUGUUAACGGUCUCAUUCCCGAACACUCAGAUUCUUGACUUCGAGAAGGGUCUUCCUGGGAUUUAGUGGUAGAUUAAGUGGUAACUCUUAAUUAUAUCAUUAGAAACCCCUGUUUAGAAUUGGUUUAUAAAUCCACUGCUAUCACUCCUCCCCCAUAGCGACAAUUUUCGCGGUUUUUGAUGUCAUCUCCCGCAUUCCGACCUCAUGCGGUCUGUCGACGCUCACGGCGGAACCCCCAGUAUUCACCGUCUACUAGUAGUUUGGUCGUACCUCCCUUCCUCAUUGCUCGGCUGAGCUGGAAGCGUGCUGUGGCCGAUCGCAUCUGGUUCCUCUCGUCUGGCCUCUUUGACGCGAAUAGUCUCAUGCGACGUAUCAAUCCGGCCCAGACGAUCUCAAUUGUGAAUCCCGUAUACAAUACCACAUGCAGGCCAGUCCUGUCUGACCCGCAUACGCACCCCUCAAGGCUGACAUUCAUUGCUACCCUGACGAUGACCGACAACAAUCCGUUAUAUACCGCCACCCACAGGCCAGUCCUGCUCGCACUUAUCUGUCAUUAUUUUUAUUGAGGGUUUUUUCUCCCGUAAAAUUAAUCCAAUCAUUUUUAACUUUUUUUAUGGAGAUUUUUUUCACCCCUCACUAAUCAUGCUUCUCAAUGGACUACUAAUUCAGAAACUAUGAAUUGAAUUUUGUAAAGAUUCGGCCUACCUCGUCUAAAACUCGCAUGUAAAUUUAUUUUAACUGGCUUUGAUGGGACCCCGAGGGGUUUUUAAUAAAACUUAUCUAUCUAAAUUAUCUAUCACCUUCCGAUCACCAAUCUUUUCGGACAGCCAUGCGUCUUUUAUUGAGAUGACGUCAGUGUGAAGGUCGCAGAUAUGGAUUCGGAGCCCAUCCAGUACCUUUUGUGCAUUAGCGUACAUGAGUGUGAAUUUCGAGUUCAUGCGAGAUUUGUUAACAAACCCAACACGGACUACUGGGGGUAUCUAUGCGGUCAUUCGAAUCGGUUUAACCCAGAGGGAAGCAGAAUCCAGUAUGCAGUGGUUAUUUUUGAUGUCGCCCCUAUGAUAUUAUAAUGUAAUGAAACCCAAGCCGACCCUCACUUGUCCAUCUGUGUGUAAAAUCCUGAUUAGCGUAGACUGUGGCUCAGGAAAUGUAUUGUCACGGCUAGCUGCAAGCUUCUGCUGUGCCAGCCGUUAUGAUCCUGCCAUAACGCCUAACUAGCGGCCCGUUCCACAGCUCCCUGCGGUCGAAUCCAAAAUGAAAUCUCAGCAGUAAGGAUGAAAGAGCACGAAGGCAGUAGCGCAGUCCUAAAAGCCGCAAUCUGGUGAUAAGGAAUAGAAACGAGAGUACCAAGACCGCCCUGCAAUUGGGCCAAUAAGAUCAUGGGACUAAGCUGAUAUAAUGUAGACUGGGCUUCUGAUUCAUGUGAGUUGCUGGGAUCCCUCCAAUCUUUGCGGCGGCUGGCGCGAUAUUAACGCGUGCGCGCAGUGUUGGCAGAUGGUAAGGUCGGUGUGCGAGCGCUUCGCUAGGGCGACAUGCGAACGAGUCGAUUAGGUCGGCUCCACCUAACAAAAGCCCCUGCGUCAUCUCCUGCAUCCGGUCUUACUUACUGGGUCUUGACAACGGAUCCAGGUGGGAGAGGAAGAAAGAGAGAGAGUGUGCUAUAGGUGUAGCGAAAAUAUGCUAUCAAUUUAAACGUACUUACGGACAACUCGGCGGCCCCGCUUCCACAUUGCUGUGGAGCACAUCGUAGAUAUGGUAGAGAAUGAAGUUCGAAUUGGUAUAUGUUUUCUGACUCUACAUUACGCCAAUGUUUCGCAGAGAAUUUAGCGGGGAAACAAGUUAGUCGAAUACGUCCUCGCGGCAUGAAAUCAAAACCUGAGAUAACCUUCAGGACAGAGCUACCCUACGAUCCACGAACACCAUACUGUAGAAUAUCCUUAAUUUCAUGUGGGAGCCUGGGCGGUCGGCCGUUAAAUCGAAUAACGGAAAAGUGUAUAAAUUUUAUCAACCGUAGGAUUCCGCCGUCAGAAAUCGCUUUAAUCGUAAUAACGGCCAACAAAACCAUUCUAUUUCGCAUAUAUUUUUGGGAUCAGUGUUUAAGAUAGACGGAAACUGUUUGCUCUUAUGGCAUUUUCCUGCCUUACGUUUUGUAAUUUGUAAGAAAUAGUCUACUCUCCGGUUUCACUACUUUUAAGCGUUUUAUUCGUCAGUCUGAUUUUUUUUCUCUUUUUCUCCCCUUUCAAGUUGCUUAUGUGACACAUAUGUCGGCGUUUCUGUUCGUUCGUUUUAAGCCAAUGCGUUUUCAUAGUCAGUUAGUAGUUCCAUACUUGGUUUGCAUAUGCAAGCUUAUGUUAAACAGUCCUUUAAGUUCGUUUUGAGUUGCAGGUCUUUGUCAGCUCUCGACUAGAGGGAGCAACGAUGCCCAAAAGUUUUUAAUUCGGAAUCGUACCCUACGCCUAAGGAUCGGUGUCUCAGGUUUUACUGGUCUGAAACUCCAGCGGAAGAAUUAGUGUGUCCGCUACGGACUAUCAGCUUUCACUUCGUACGUGGCCGUAAAUGCUACUUUAAGUGCGGCUUUAUAUGAAAUGAUACUGUAUCCAACGGUUUAUGGAUGCCUGUGUUUCCCUAACUAUCUGCAUGAUAGAAUUGAUAGGGAAGAGUAAGUAGCCUCGUCUUGACCCUGUUUUCGCACGAGUGCUUGCCUUCUUUUCUCGUACCCAAGUGAUCACAUUAUAACGCAGUAAGUGACCCCUGUUUAAUCAAAUUUUUUUCAUUCAUUUGGCCAGCGUCGCAUUGGUAGACGUUGUAUUGAGAGCUUGAAAUACCUCCAACGCGGUCUGAUUUAUCCGUGCCCGAGUCCAUAAACACGUGCCUCUUCAUACGCUCAGCUUAGUGUACUGUCUCCAGCUUGUUUAACGUCCACAACUACAGUCUGUGGCUCUGUCCUUAUCUUUACUUCGGUACUUUUUAAAAUUUUGCGUCAAAGUAGGCUACGAUUGUAUAGGUCUGCUAUAAAUUCGAGCCACCGUCUUUGGAGUCGUAGUUGGCGCAGAAAAAAGUGAAAUGGUCAGAUAACUUUAAUUUUCGAUGUCACAGAUUACAAGCUUGCUGAACCCUUCAUGUGGUGGUAAUUACAGUUUUUCUAUAGGUUCAUAUGGCCGAAAGCUUCUGGUUUCUUUUGUGAGGAUAUUUUCACGGGUUGAUGGAAACCUUUUUUUUUCUGGAUGAUCAGAAAGGGCUCUUGCUCAACGUGGCCUUUUUAAAUUAACAACAUCUUACUUCAAUCUUCCCAGCCACCUAUUUGGCUGUUCUUUCACAAGUGGUAUAGGGUUUUCUUGCAUACAGACUUAGAGAAUGCCAUUUGUUCUAUUGCCUUAGCAAGCUUUGUUGCGCAAUCUCUUAUACCGAGAAUUUCUGAAAAGUUAGUUUAUAACCACUGACUCGAAUACAGAAUUCGCGAUUUUGUUAAUUGCGUCUGAUAUUCUUGACCACCAAGGCCGUCCUCCAGGACCAACACCUAAAAAUCCUAAACAGCAUCCUAGAAGUGUUACCGAGAAAUUUAAGCGAAAUUACUAAAAUGCACGAACGUCUUCAGCUUUUGUCUGACAGCUCCACUAUCAGUGUCUUCAACUCAUUUCACUCCACCAAAGUACAUGAGGACCUGGCAAUGGACAUUUUUUAUUUUUAAUCGUGAACUGCAAAUUCGUUAAUAGUAAUGCCCCUGCGUUCAAGUCACUGGGUUAUUCAAUGCCUACCGAAUAGUAAAAUUCUCUUCCAAAGCUGAAACUUCUCUGGAAGUGCGAAGUGCGCUACAUAUAUUGAAAAUUUUUCGCGGAUUCCGCGUAGACGUUCAAUGUAAUCUAACCGCUUGAGUGCUUGGCAAAAAUCCGGAAAAUGCUGGGUAGGGGGACGAAGGGGGCGUCGGAGGUCGAUCUACAGCGACAGAAUGGCAAGUAGCGAGGCAAUGCUGAGCUUCGCUUCGAUGAAGUGCUUAUAACCCACCUGGUUGAGCCUAGUGGUGAACCAGCUGCGCUAGGUGUGUGGACGCAUGUUUAUGUCUCUGGUCCCAGCUGGCUGUCAGCGUUAUGAUUGGCUGAAUGAAGGCAUAAUAAGCCCGUAUCAAUCUACCCGCAUCCUCUGUCGUCCCUCCUCGCUGCUAUUAUGACUUGGCUGACUUCGGCCUGGUAGGCGGUUGCCUGUUCGUGACCCCUAUCGCCCAUACGAAGCUUGUUUGCUUCGGGAAGCCAGUAGAUUGGUGUGCGCCCAUUCCUGAGUAUAUAUAUAUAUAUAUAUGAGAAGAAAAAGCGAUCUCGGGAACCAUAGUUUUACUGUCCUGACGUUUCAAAAGCAUACAAGCUUCCAUCGUCGGAGACGAGUGUGGUAUCGCGCCUCACAGUAUUUAUAGGUGGGUAACAAGUCAUAUCAAAACGGGUUUUCUUACAUAUGAAGUCAGGGCGGCAGGGGGGAUGGGGCGGGGGGGAAGUCCUAGAGCGUCUUUUCGCCGGAUGAGGGGGUGGUGAGUCAGCUUUAGUGGUCAUCAGCCGCAUGCACACAUGAACUGUGGCGGGCGGGGGGGGGAAGGGAGGGUGACGGAACGUACUCAAUCUACAUCGGAAGCCGGCGUUGCGACGUUGGUGGUCGUCGUUCGUACCUUCAUUGACCGUAGCUGCCGUCCAAGCCUGGCAAUCUUGUUUACGCCGCAACGACUGUCCGUUUUCUCGUCCGCCGGACUAGUAGAUGGACCGGCUGUGGUGAGGACUGCGCCUUGGUCGGAACCCGGUUGAGGGGUGGCUGAGUGUGUGUCCGCCAUGGGCUCGCUCAUGUCUGGAUUCAUGUUUAGCCUGGGUGCACGUCUGCUCAAUUGUUUAUAUAUAUAUAUAUAUAUAUAUAUAUAUAUAUAUUUAAGAGGAUGGAAUUCUUUAGGAGAUAGUAAAAUUUACUGCGUAAAUUCUUGAGACUUUCCCCAGCUCGUCUUCAGACUAUGGGUGUGCAAAAACCAUUAACUUCUAAACUGAGUCUGACAAAGGAUUCUAUGAUUAACUAAAGUCUGUGCCAAUGCGUGUUAGUUGCAAGUUGUCAUCUCCACGAGAAUGAUUGAGCCAGUUUGAAUUUUUCCUUAACGGUUUUGUAUGUGGCGUCUAGAUCGUUAUGCCGGUUGAUGCAUGCCUCAUCUGAGUGCACUGCCUCCAGGAAUUCGCGGCCCUCCCUUAUUACGCCUUAUUGUUGGUUCGAAGUCUAAUGCCUCUAACCACUGCGUCACGGGUUCGUUAUCGCGUAGGUUGUGAUCGGAUAUAUACAGUGGUGGAGGCGUGCCCACCGAUCGUAACCGACAGAACAACGAGCCCGUGGCUCAGUGAUUAAAGGCGUUGGACUUCUAACUGACAGGUCGCGGAAUCGAGCCUCGCGCUUCGGGGUAGGGUAUGACUGGCUUAUUACGACUAAUAAACCAGAAAUGGCUAUUCCGGUCUCCCUGUCCUUGUCGGUACAAUCUCAUUUGCGUCUACUAAUAGUUGCUGUGCGACUGCGAGGGUUUUGGUAUGAGUUCCAAGGCACAAUGGAACGAGCACGUUCCGUAACCUGAUCGGUUAGCGCCCAUCUGUAAUAAUAUAUGUGCAUAUAUAUAUGCAGAAAAACAUUACCAACAAAGACAAGGGAGACUGAAAUGUAUAUCGCUGGCUGGGGCAUGACUGACUGACGACGGCCUAUAAGCCGGUAAUGUUACUCCGCCCCCGGCUACCCUGGAAAUUUAGUCGAGAAAUGCUGGCAAGCAAUCCGGGAAAAAAAGCCAAAGGGGGCGGCCAAGACCAGAAUGCCGGCGCGCGGUGCCAUACAUAGCCGGUGUGUCAGAAGAAUUGGCUAGACUGAUGAGCGAAUUUGGAAUUAGCGUUGCUCACAGACCUGAGGCAACAACCCGCCGGCAACUAAUGUAUCCUAAGGAUCCCAUCCCAAUCAAUCAGAUAUGUGGGGUCAUUUACCGAGUGGACUGGAAUUGUGGUCAAGCCAAUCAUGUUGGUUAAACCGGAAAACAGGUUCGCACGCGAUUGCACGGGCACGAGUUGGCUGUGAGACGAAGGAUAAACUCUCCUUGAUAGCCGCCCACGCCUCCUCGCCAGAGCACGGCGUCGACUUCGAGUGUGUGAGAAUAUUGCGUUAGUCGGAAGACCGAGUUGCGCGCCCGCCACAGGAAGCGUGGCACUCACCUGAGGAAUCGAUUCAUCGAUAUAUCUAUCUGCCAAUCACCUAUCAAGCACUGCAUGAACAAAUCAGCAGCGCUGCUGGAGGCAAUCCUCGGUAGCGGUGAACUAAAUAUGCGAUGAGUUGUUUAGACUUUUUAAUUCCUUGACGAUGAGCUCCCGUCGGAUAAACGAACAACUGGUUUCGGCGAUCGCCUUUCCGUCUUCUAUUCAGUCACCUGGGCCGCGCGUACUCUCUACCAUUCGGCGUCGAAAAUUUACGCAAUGAAGUUCCUUUUCCCAAAGAACGCCUUUGACUUCAACUUGUAUUUCUUGACAUGCCUCGCGACGUGUUGGUUUAGAAGUCCACGCCUCUACCCACCAGGCCACGAGCCCGUUGCCCUGUCGGUUUUCGAUCGGGAAUAUGCAAUGGUAGGGGGCGCUCACCGAUCGUUCAUACGGAACUCACUCUUUCCGUUGUGCCUUAAGGGCUCUGUCUCGAGCCCAACCAGCAGCCGCACAGCGGCGCAUGAUAUAUAGGCAGAAUGGUAUUACCGACAAAGACAAGGGAGACUGGAAUGGCCAUUUCUGGCUUAUUAGCCGUCGUCAGCCAGCCAUACCCAAGCCCGAACGGAACGAGUGAGUUCCGUAUGACCGAUCGGUGAGCGCCCCCUACCAUUGUACAUUCCCGAUCGAAAACCGACAGGGCAACGGGCUCGUGGCCAGUUGGGUAGAGGCGUGGGCUUCUAAGCCAACAGGUCGCGAGUUCGAGGCUCGGGCGUUCCACACUUCGGGCUUGGGUAUGGCUGGCUGACGACGGCUAACAAGUCAGAAAUGGCCAUUCCAGUCUCUCUUGUCUUUGUCGGUAAUACCAUUCUGCCUAUAUAUAUAUAUAUAUCAGAGGGGAGACGACAGAGUCUGGGGGUAGAUUGAUACAGCACUGUUUCGGGCUUGAUUGCCUUCAUUCAGCCAAUCAUAACCCUGACUACCAGCAGCUGGUACCGGAAACACAAACAUGCGCUCAGACGCACCUGGCGCAGCUGGUCCACCACUGGGGUCUACCAGAUGGGUCAUAAGCACUUCAUCGAACCGAAGUUCAUCAGUGCCUCGCCACCUGCCAUCCUCUGUCGCUGCAGAUCGGGUAUUUAUUCACUCAGGAAUGGGCGCACACCGAUCCAUUGGCGACAGAGAAUGGCAGGUGGUGAGGCACUGAUGAACUUCGGUUCGAUGAAGUGCUUAUGACCCAUCUGGUAGACCCCAGUGGUGGAUCAACUGCGUCAGGUGCGUCUGUGCGCAUGUUUGUGUUUCUGGUCCCAGCUGCUGGUGGUCAGGGUUAUGAUUGGCUGAAUGAAGGCACAAUAAGCCCGAAACAGUACUGUAUCAAUCUACCCGCAUUCUCUGUCGUCCCUCCUUACUGAGAUAUAUAUAUAUAUAUAUAUAUAUAUAUAAUGCUGAUUGAAACGAAAAUGCGCGUUCCCGGACAUGGCUGAGAAGGUAAAGCGAUCGCAGGAACCAUGGUUUUCAUUGGCCUGACGUUUCGAAAGCAGACAAGCUUCCAUCAUCGGAGGUGGGUUGCGUACUGCACGUCACAGUAUUUAAGGGUUUUGCUUCGUGCUGGCGUGUCACUGACUUCCAGCGCGCUGCAUCACAAGGUCUGACGAUUGUUAUCAUGGCGGCAUUGGCACUUCCUCAUCCUUCCUCGGGUGUGGGGAAUGGAGCGGCGUCGUGGUGACCACGGCCAUUACUCCUGUUUACAUUGUACUUUGUCCGCCCUCCACGUAUCUCGCCUUCCUGCCCCGUUCACACCUGCCCGUAACCGCGUGGACGGUGGUUGUCAUGCCAGUGUUGACGUCGGGCUGGGGAUUCCUAUCACUGUCGCGGUAUCUCGCCUCGCUGUCCUGUUCACACCUGCCCGUAAUCGUGUUGACGGUGGUUGUCAUGCCACUGUUGACGUCGGGCCCGGGGGUCCUGUCCCUGUCGUACGUCCUCACCGACUGCCCGCGUCUGUCUGCGUUCGCCGCCGGUUGUCUCCUGGUUUCGUUUGUUCCCGAUGUGUGUCUCUGCCGGUCCGUGUUCCCGCUUGGUCUGGGUUUGGUUACUGCUGUCUCUGGCCUGAAGUCUCGUCGGUAGCCCUGCCUAUUGAACUUCACCCGUAGGGGCUGGUAGGCAGCCGGCAAAGUUACGCAGCGGUUGAUCGAGGUAGCUGUGGGGUGCCAUGUUUCGAGCGUCUCCCUGACCGUUUGAUCGCUCCCUUGGCUCAAGACUUCGUCGUCUUGAAAAGCGAAGGCUUGGCCAGAAGCUGCGCAAUGUUCCGCCACCAGCGAGAGCUGAUCCAUUCUUCGUACCACUCUUGCGUGCUCGUCUGUGCGGGUCUGCAAUUUUUUCCCGGUCUUUCCAACGUAGUUUACUUCACAGGAACUACCCGGGGUCCGAUAGACGACGUUGACUAUUUCGCCUCGUGGCAGAGGCGUUUUUGAUUUCAUGACCAGACGUAUAAUUGUCGCUUGGGGUUUGUGGGCGAUGCCGAUACCCAAUGGUUGCCAGAUAUGAGCAUCUGCCCCGGAAACGUUCGCAACAUAUGGCAGCGCUCGCCAGACUUUCGGUUGAUUUGCCGUUUACUUUAUGGUUGAUCUGGACAGUUCGCUGGGUUCUAUAAAGCUGCGGGGGUAACCGUUGGAGGUGAACAUCCGCCGUAGAUAGCGGAGUUCGGCAACCUUGUCGGCCGGUUCGCUGCAGUGAGUGUCAACUCUCUUGUAGAGAGAUCGGGUACAGCGGGUGAUUACUGUGGUAGGACAGGACUUGCCGAGUGUUAGUGGCCUUCCUGUAGGCCGUCGUUUUCAUGCUCCCGUUAACUUUGCGGUGAACCAGAACGUCAAGGAAUGCGAUCUGAUUGUUGUUCUCUGUCUCCUUGGUGAAUUGAAUGUCGGGAAUUAAAUGAAGAGACCAGAAUCUGCAUCUCCAUCGGUUAACCCAAAGUUAUGGCUGAGCUAAGUAGAUUACGCAUUUGUUAUUGUCAAAAAAGGACCAACUGGAACUACUCCGCAUCGCGAACUCUGCUUUUUCGGUUGUUAAAUUUAGUCUGGAAAUAUAGGUUGAUAGGCAACUCUCCUUAUGGAAGAUCCUCUUACGACGGAAGACUGAUGAACCACCACAUAGAUUAGUUUUUAUUGGAAGAAAAUGUACCCAGCCUUCAUCCUGCCUUAUGGAAUAACUGUCCCCACUAACAAUCAGGACUAUGUUAACAGCAGAAAUAAAUUGCUCUUUUAAAUCGUCCUUCCAAAAUGGGUUUUCCCAUGACUUUAUGCGGCGACCUAUGCGACGUUAAGUUUUCAAAGAGGCGGUUAUUUCUAACGCUAUGGCCGCCUAGGUGUCAAGAUAGACCACUUGGCGAACUUUUCUGCACAUCGAAAAUGCAUUCGAGCUCGUCACAUGACAACUAAGAAACCUUCGAAUAUAGGCAGAGCACAAAGCUUUUUCUGUUUUUCGAGCCCAGCAUGUACGACCUUAGGACAGGUUUGAUUAUUUUGAUAGAAAGUCUACAAUAGUAAAUUUUCCAGUCGUCAUUUGCUGAUGACCAAACUGGAGGGCCUGUCACCAUUUGUAUAUAUCAUCCAAUAAAUUGUUGAGACAUCUCCUACAGGGUCGACAUGUGAGGGCUCCGGCAAUUUUUCUAGGCAACACGUCUCAAGGGUUGAUAACACGCCAUAAAAAACGAUCUGCAGAAUCCGCGUGUGCAAGUACGGUUUUAAUAACCUCUGGGGUGCUCUCGACAAUUGCGCCGGCAAAUAGUCCAGAGUCUCAAAGCUUUACCUGUUGACUAUUUUAUGUGCUUAAAGGACUUUCUUGCGUUUCUGUCUCUGCCUUGUUGUGUAAACUUCGAGCCGGCAUGGGCGUUGCUGAGCGUAGACUUCAAAUAGAGUGUCGGGAAUUAAUUAUUUGAUCUUGAACUCUUUCAAAGCAUCUAUGUUUCGGAAGAGGCGCGGAGGCCAUGUUGGUGAGCAGCAUCAAAGACGCAACCGAACGAAAUCGCAUAAAGUAUACGAAAAGUUCGCUUGGCGGAUUUUGGAAGCGUCCAAAAAUUUCGUGACUCGUCUUGAUGAGGGAUUGUUAGAAAAGCCAUCGAUACUGAGCAGUUGUGACUGGGCAAAACGGUGCGCCUCAAGCGUUAGCAGGUAGCACAAAGAGGAAAAGCUGUAUACUAUAUAGCCGCACAAGAGGGGGAGACAAAAUAACCUUUAGUAACAUCAAAGAAACGCCGAUAUGCCGAAAGCAGAGCGAUACUGUAAACCACCGUCUGUGAGUAAUGGAGGACAGAAACCCAGCCCAUUGAUGACACCCUUACCUCAUAUAAUCUAUGAUUUAUUUAGUAAACUUGGAGCCCAUAUUGAGUUAAGAUUUAUCUUGAAGGCUGAUAAUUGAGACUUGCGAGUGCUUAUCCAGCUAACAGAUUCUAUUAGUGGGUAUUUAGGCCGUGGGAAUGUCAUUGGUAUGCUCAAAAAUUAGAGAGACCGAAUACUUGUCGAAUCAUUCUCGGCCACUUCUGUGUCCGAUUUUUGUAGCAUGUGUGGAAUCGAUACAGCAUGUUGGAAUUAAUCGGAGCAUGCUUUUGCGCGGGUCCGACUACCAGUAGGACUACGUAUCGUGGAGAGGGUGCAACUCAUCGAGGUCCUGCGGCUUCUUUCCUGCCCGUCCGUCAUUGCUUUUCUGCUCCGCUCCGCUCCCCGGCAAUUUUGACCUGGCUACUUUUUGCGUGCCUGAACUGCUUGUUUGUCUGUGUUCUCUGCGCCACACGACCGCAGCUAAUUUUAAUGUAAAAAUACUUGCUUUCCCUAAAUGCCACUCUGCUAUCGGAUUUUGACGAUAGGUCAUUUCGAAAAUCCGCCCUUCUCAGCCCAUUGGUGUGUUGAUGGGGCCCCUGGAUUCUGAAUUUCACUCAACCAAAUGUUAUAUGUCUACUUCCUGCACUUCCUAUCACAUUAGUAGGCGCCUCUGCUUCAUACAGCCUUAAUCCCCUGUCGGUUCUCGCGGUCCUUCAAGCUGUGAGGAGACUGCGGCCUCUGACUUGAUCACUGUCCGCCAGUUCUGGUACUUCUACAUAAAUAGCCUAAGUAAAUGGGCUUUUUGCGCGAACUACACUCACCUGUAGGAGUAAACAAGACAGGUGGCUGGACGUCAACAUGAAUUUCAGGUUUUUGAAAGCUAGCCCCGACAGUGAGCAGAGUAGUUCUUCAUCGCUUUUUAGGCCAGUGCAGCUAGACACUUUAACACGUAACUCUCAUACGCUUUCGAAUGCAUUAGUCAAGUAUACUAUUAAAAUGCACCGCCGGAAUGACCAAUGUGUCUCCACAGUGUUAUCCUUCCUUAAUGUCGUCCUUGUCAUGUAAUAUGUGUGUCAUGUCGGCCGGUACGUAGAAGGGGGAAAGUUGGAUCGGGCGGUAAUUACUACCAUGUUCGCCACAGCGCUUGAUUAGUCUUUCUCAGGCGCCUUUUUCUAUCUCCUCUUCUGUCAUAUCGGUGUCCAAAUGUGUAUACGGCAUUCUUGAGACAUCGCCGUGUGCAAAUUGUUCCACUCGUACCAUUUCAGUUAUAUUUUGGGGGACCGGAGUUAAUUACUUGCUCAUUUUAUUGUCCGACAGGUAG